AUGUUUCCUUAUCUACUCUCAAUUGCAGUCCCUCUCUGCUUCUUCCUCCAUCAAAGUACUCUAACACUAGCCAUCAACUCCCUUGGCCUUUAUUCCCAACAGCUUGAUCAUGUUGCCGUUAACUGCGGCUCCUCCGGCAACUCAACUGCAGAAGAUAGCCGGCAAUGGACCGGGGAUGCCAGAUCCAACUACAUCACUUCAUUACAUGGUUCAAAGAGCAAAUCAAAAGCCACUGACCAGCCCCUUCCCUGUAAUCCAAUCCCUUACGCAACAGCCCGGCUCUCCCGUCGGCCAUUCACCUAUACGUUCCGAGUCACUCCGGGUCAGAAACUUAUUCGUCUCCAUUUCUAUCCAACUUCGUACCGGGGCGGUUUCAAAAUAUCUGAAGCCUUUUGUACUGUGAAAGCUGGUCCUUAUACCCUUCUUAGCAACUUUAGUGCUUCCCUUGCUGUUGAUGCCUUGGGCUUACCCUCUCUUGUUAAAGAGUAUUGUGUGAACGUGGACAAAGAUCAACCGUUAAUCAUAACGUUCUCCCCUUCACGAAUUGGUAAUUCUGAUGAGGUAUAUGCUUUUGUUAAUGGGAUUGAAAUCAUCUCAAUGCCAACUGCACUUUAUCAUACUCAUGAGGGUAAUCCCGCAGCAAAGGUUAUUGGGAAGAGCGACCGGUUUACCAUAGAUAAGAGCAUUGCUCUGGAGAAGGUACACCGGUUAAACGUUGGCGGAAGCUCCAUUUCGUCCAUAGAAGAUACAGGUAUGUUUAGAGAUUGGUAUGAGGACUCAAAUUAUCUGUAA